GAGCGCAGAACUCCGCGCCUGCGCAUUGGCAACGCUUUGCCGCGCAACCUACUCACAUCCUGCUUGUUAAUAUUCAUGAAGGCCUAGGGCGCUUCUGAUUGGCUCUCGGUCGCAGUUUCCAGGACAACUGAAACAAAACGAACAGUUUCAUGAACUACAGAAGGACACGAGCCGGACAGCUUCUGACAUAAUGUAAAUAAUUUAACCAUACGUUUUAUUUUAUUUUAUUUUUGUUUUAAAAAUGGACUCAGAACCAGAAAACACAGAAAGUGAGGUGAAGAAUGACACAGACAUGGUGUCAGCAGGUUUAACUAAUAAUGAGGAAUUUUCUUCUUUACCUGAUAAUGGAAAUAAAACUGUCCCAGUUGAAAUAGAGGCAUCCGGUCAUGAUGAAGAAAUCCCAGAAAGUGUGAAAGUUACCGAAGAGGCCCCUGAUGAAGAAGGAGCCACCUCUGAACCAGAAUGAAACACUGCAGAUGAACUUCCUGACCCAAAUCCAGACUUCGAUAUGAAGGUAAACACAGCCAAUGAACUGCCAAGGUCCCACGAGGAGAGUGUUGCUUUUGAGAUAAACAGUACUGACGGUGAUGGACCUCCCAGACUGCAUCUUGAGUCCCCAGAUAAAGAGACAACCAGUCCACAGGAGGGGGAAGACGAGGCUGAGGAAGAGGAGCCCAGUGCUGCAGAAAAAGCAGAAACUAGCUACAAGGAGUACGCCAAACUCCUGCAGGAGCUGUGUGAGCAGAGACAUAUAGCCAACCAACGCAGCAGCCUGCUGCAGGUGAAGCUGGUGGAGUACUUCCGCAAGAAGGGCGGGGACGAUGUUCAGGUGGAGAGGGAGAAGCAGGCGUCAGAGCAGCUGCGGGAGUAUGAGAGGUGCAUGAACAUGCUGAUGGAGCUGAAGCAGCAGAUAAACACGGAGUCAGAGAGCACUCAGCAGCAGGAGGAGGAGCUGAGGGUACAGUCCCAGGAGAAGCUGGAAAAGGUGGAUAAAGAAUGGCGAGCGUUUGUGGCACUGAAGCAGGAUGUAGCUGUUUCACUUCUAGGCAGACUUCUCGGCAAACAAGCCGCCCAGGCCAAAGUGGAGUCGACUCUCGCUGGGGAGCAGCUUCGCCAGGAUGAGCUGAUCAAGCUGCGUCUCAAGCAUCUCCACCUCAGGAUGAAGAUUCACAGGCUGGAGGCGCAGCUCCGUGACAGGGACGACAAGAGAGAUCCACUCCAGCUCCAGUUUGAGCGUCUGCAGGCCGAGCGACUAGAACUGAGAAAACAAACAGAAAAGCAGCACGAGGAAUGCUUAAAGAUACGGAAAAAGAUCAGCAGCAGCUUGGAGGUCCUGUCGAAUGUAAAGGAGAAGCUGUCCUGGGGCCAGAUGGAGGUCCAGGCCAAGAAAGAGCAGCUGGCUGAGGUGGAGGUCACACUGGCCAGGAAGAGAGAGCUCCUGACCAGGAUUAAAAAGACCCGAAACGACCUGCAGAGAGACAACCUGAGGCUGAAGGAGCGCGGUGGGCUGCUGGGGAACAGGGCUCUGCUGCGGGACUUUGAGGACACUGUGGACUCCGCCGACCUCCUGGAGGAAAAACUGGAGAAGCUGAAGCUGAGACUGUCCGUGGCAGGUGGAAGAAAAACCUGAAGGCAACUGAACUAAUGAAGGAGGAAUUAAAUGUGAUCAGACUAUAAAAGAAAAUCAGC